UAGAUAAAGUAGCCGCGAUAUAUCUAUUGCGUUGUUUAAAAUAAGCAUUCUAGACAUUUAUUUAUUAAUUUUUUUUAUUCAUUCAUUCAUGUGUUUAUUUAUUUAUUUAUUUGGGGGCGUGCAAGAACUAAAGAAAAAACAGUGACAGAGCACAAGUACACAGGAUGAACAUAAUUAUACUUGUAUGUCUAUUCAACUAACAACUGAGACUUGACACUGCACUACCGCUUUUAAUGACGCAUCAGAUCGUGAUGUUUUUAACAGACACACUAAGUUGCUUUCAUAUAUUAAUGCACCCCAGGCCUACAUAUGUGACUAGGAGAUAAGGGCCCUACCAAGAAGGAUGCGGAUAAGGGCAUAUUCAGUGGUUUUGGUGAUAUUCGUCGUUGCCGCAGGCUUGCUUUUGUUACACACUGGCACAUUCCUCACAGUCCCUUCGAAGAGCAUUAUCUACACCACCGAAAAAACCAACCAGGGAAAUUCCCAACAGCUUGGUAUACCAAAAAUCAUUCACCAGAUCUGGCACGACUACAGGGUUCCCCAAAAUUGCGUUGAAUGGAUGAAAAGCUGGAUGCAGAACCACCCUUCGCCUGAAUGGGAAUACUGGUUCUGGACCAAAGCCGACUGGGAAUAUUUGAUAAAAACACGAUUUCCUAAUUUCUACGAACACUAUCAUGGAUUUCGUGGAGAAAUAUUUCGUGCUGAUAUCAUACGGCAUUUUAUUAUGUACGAAAUAGGCGGCAUUUAUGUUGAUCUUGAUAUUAUUAAUUUGCGCACAAUUGACGACUUUAUUCUGAAUAAGUCAUGUGUUCUUUCCCUAGAGCCUUAUGAACAUAGUUUCUUUCUCUAUGAAAAACCCGACGGAUUGGUCAGCACAGCAAUCUUGGCCAGCAGACCUCGUCACCCUUUUUUCAAGAAAAUAGUUCACGAAUACCAGAGAAUCUCCCCUCAGGAUGAGAGGACUGAGCCAGACCCCGUGGGCGUAACUGGACCUGUGAAGUUUGAUAGGUUAUAUCGUGAAUAUCUCAAGUCUAACAUGACACGAUAUGAAGACCGAAUAUAUUUGGCGGAUCCCAAAUAUCUUAUGCCAAGUAUCGAUAAAGGGCGUAUAUCGGAAAUCCAAGUUGCAUGUGAAAUUUCUAAUCGAAAAGUGACAAGUACCAGUGAAGUUGUACAAACUCAGGAACUUUGUAAAUAUCUGAAAAAGCAUUCCUUUAGGCCCCCUUUACCUUCAACGGCAUAUUGCGACCAUCUUUGGAUCCAUACGUAUUUAGUUGGGUAUCAUUCGGGUUACUCUGAUGUCCACAAUAUCGCAUCUAAUAUAUCUGUGCAAGAAAGAUUAAGGGAUUUACUUUAAAAAGUUUAAAAUUAACCAUAUGGAUAGACAAUAUUGAAUUGAUCUUUAAACACCCGAUGUCUUUUUGUUCCAUAAAUUUUCAAAAAUCAAACAUGUAUAGCAUAACCCAUUAGAGACACAUUCAGUUUUGUAGAAAGAGGUUUUCGCCUAUUUCCCACUUAAUUAUAUCAUUAAUAAGAAAAGGACAAUUGACAGAAACAGAAACAAAGAAAAAAGGAAGUUGCACAAUUAUUGGUGAAUAUGCUUGUUUUUUCUGGUAAUAAUAAGAAGCCGGCUCUUUUUUUCGUGUUUAUUACUUUGAAUAUCUGUGAUCAUUACCUUUAACUAGAAAAGCAACAACCAAAUAGCAAACAGCAGCUUUGUCAAUUUGACAUCUGACGCAAUGUAUAUUAUAUU